UCAUCGUUAUCAAUUUAUUCCUCUCUUCUAGGUAAUAAGUGUUUACUAUAUGAAUCGGCUUCUAUUGAAAUAAUCAAUUGGCUUCAGCAAAUCGUUAGCAAGAUGGAGAAGCCAACUGAAAGUAGAAGUCCUCUGUGGCAUCGAGCAUUAGAAAGAUAUCGGGAAGAACUGGGAGGUAACGAAGAUUAUCGAGCGGUACAUGAAGUACACUCUCUUGAUGACCUCUUAAGUCAUGUAAACACUCUCCAGACUACGCCAUCUCGAGACAGGCAGGCGUUGGCGUCUAUGAACAGACUUGCACCGAAGUUCAAAUUCGUAGACGACUUCUCGGCUAUCAUUGCGCUAGCAUUCGGAGCAGAUGCGACAUUAACGGCAGUGGUGUGGGGGAGUAUUCGCCUUAUACUAACAUUAGCUUCCUCAGCAGGAGAUACUCUUCAGGAGGUAUUGGACAUACUGGAAGAGCUCAGUUUGACCUUGCCGAGGUUUCGGGUUUACGAAGAUACCUUGCCGAUGAGUCGCCAGCUCGAGACCGCCCUGAUCGACGUAUAUACGGAAGUUAUAUGCUUCUAUGCAAGGACCAUACAUUUCUUUCGAGACCAUCCCCACGUCCUAUUACGACGGAAUGCAUGGGAGAAAUUCCAUACCGACUUCUCAAGGACGACUAUGCGUAUCAAAAGAAUCUCUUCUAUCGUUGAAAGUGAGGCCGACCUUGCCCGUAUGAGGCUAGAUGAGCACAAAUACAAGGAGGUAAUUGAAUUGAUGGAUAAUUUUACUAUUAAAAGUGAUGAAGGUCGUUCAACACUCCUUUCCACACUCCAUAAUGCUCUCAAUCCCGGACAAGCACCAUCUUCGACUAAGUCAGUAGCAUUAUUUGGCAUGGGCGGAGUUGGAAAGACACAGGUGGCAUUAGAAUAUGCCCACCAAAACGUAGGUAUAUACGAUGUUAUCCUUUGGGUACGGGCUGAUAAUAUCAUCACGCUUGGGCAAAGUUUUCGAGAUAUUGCCCUUGGCCUGCAACUUUACCAAGAUUCAGAUAAGAUAAAAGACUCGGCAGCAGCAAUUUGGAAAGUCAAGAAUUGGCUAAAUAAUGCAUUGUUCGACAAUGCUGAUGAUCUACAAGCCAUUAAGAUAGCGUGGCCUGGGAGUUCUCGUGGCUCAAUACUUCUAACGACUAGAGACUUCGAUGUUGCAAACAAUCCCGCAGCUCAGUGUUUACAGGUGGAAUCAUUUGACGAUACCGAAGGCUCUCUGAUGUUGUUACGACAAAUUGGACUAGAUUCGUCUGUUGCAGAGAACAUAGAAUAUGCGACCGUGAUCACUCAAACCCUUGGUGGCUUGCCCCUUGCCCUAAGUCAGAUUGGCGGCUUCAUAGCACAGAGAAGAUUGGGAUUGAAAGAUUUCCUUUCCCUCUACGAGCGCAAUGCCACAAAGAUCGAUGCGAGAAAGACUAUCAAAGAUGACUACGAGCACACCUUAAAUACCGUCUGGGACCUGUCCUUUCAGAAGCUCCCCAGCAAUUCUACUAGAUUAUUAAAUAUGCUGGUUUUCUUCGAUCCGGACGCGAUAGACGAAGCCAUAUUUCUGGAAGGAUCACAGACAGAGUUCGGAAUUGAAGAAGAUUUUGGCUUUGUGGCAGACGAGAUGGACCUCGGAGAUGCGGAACAGUCCCUAUUACAGGCUGCGUUGAUCAACAAGACGAUGGAUCAGCCAGUACUUACUGUGCACCGGCUAGUCCAGUCUGCCGCUAUUCGCAGAGUGCCAAAUUCAGACCGGCCAAGAUACUUCGAUGCAGUGAUUCAACUCCUCUCCUGGGGCUUUCCUGAUACUUGGAGUAGAGAUGUAGGUCAUCAAAUAAAUGCCUGGAAGAAAUGCGAAAAGUGCCUACCACAUAUCGGGCAUAUUGCUAGACUAUCCAAGAAACACGAUAUUCAGCCAAGGAAUGCACAGCAAUAUGCAGAGCUCCUCCUCCGUUGCAGUUGGUAUCUUUAUGAGCGUGAAACCUAUGAUGUCGCGCGAAGUCUAGUAGAUGCUGCUGUUCAGACGUUCGAGGAUAGAUCGACUCUAGCAUAUGCAAGUGCUAUUGACCUAGCUGGGCUAAUUGAUCUAGACUUAUGCCAGCCAUCACUUGCGCUCAAGCCGUUUAAAGAAGCUCUAGAACUUCGUAAGAAGCAACUUGGGCCAGACGAUCCGUUCAUUGCUUUUAGUCUGAAUAAUUUGGCACUUGCGUACACUGAGAUGGGAAACCUAGAGGAAGCAUAUUCUACGCACCAGCAAGCUAUAGAAAUCAGGCUCCGUACUAACAGCGAUAGAAUCGGUAACUCAUACAGCAAUAUGGCCAGCUUACUGUUACGAAUGGGCAAGCCAGAUGAGGCCGAAGAGAUGCUUGGGAGGUGUCCCUCUUUAAAAGACUUCACAGACGAGACUUUCCUGAAUACGGGUAACCCACGCUUCUCUGGUGAUAUGGUGCUCCUGUCCCGUAUUCGACUUAGACAAGGGCGCAUAGACGACGGUCUGCGACUAGCAUCUAAAGCGCUCGCGUUUCGUCAAAAGCUUUUAGGCAAUCGACUAAAGACCUGUGAUUCCUUAUACGAUGUAGCAUCUAUCUUGCACCUAUAA